CAUCCCAGCCAUCCCAGCUGUGCUCCGGGUCUCAUGUUACAGGUUAUCUGCUUUCGAAAACACAGCAGCCCUGACCGUAUGAGGCAGCUUUGAAAACUGCCCUGCUAUUGCUAGGGACACAGCAGGAUUCCAGCCAAGACUUCCCCGCAAUUUUCUGCCAAAGUCUGUGUCAGAUGUAAGACACAUGCUCCUGCACGCUUCCUUGAAGACUGGGAAAAGUCAGAAUCCAUCGUUAGGUUCCAGCCUGCUGUAGCCGCAAGUGUCGGUGGUCACACCACCUCCUUAUAAAGCAGUUAGAACCUAGGGCAUAGGGUGGAGUUUUUUUUCUUUCUUUUGGCUUUCUGGACACGAACUGACGGGAGAGUGAUUUCUAGCAUAAAGUGGAAGCCAGGGCCACCUCCUGAUUAUUUUCGCAGCAGGAAAUUUUAAACUUUUUUUUUAAUCUUUCUCCCAUACUAAGAUUGUGUGUGGCAGGGGGUGUCCCUUGACUAACUCAAGUCGUUUUGAUUACGACUGAUCAUGUGAUUUUCCAUGUGAAGUUUUGGGGUUUCGAACUUUGCUUCUGGAGAAUGCCUUUUGCCCCACUUCUCAGGAGCUGCCUGGUGUCAACCGCUUAAGUCAUCAGUGGCCAUUUAAAAUAUCCAAAAUGUAUAGAGAGUGGGCAGUGGUGAAUGUUCUCAUGAUGUCCUACGUGUACCUGGUGCAGGGCUUCAAUAGUGACCAUGGACCAGUGAAGGAUUUUUCUUUUGAGCGAUCAUCCCGGUCAAUGUUGGAACGAUCUGAACAACAGAUCAGAGCUGCUUCUAGUUUGGAGGAGCUGCUGCAAGUCGCACACUCUGAGGACUGGAAGCUGUGGAGAUGCCGGCUGAAGCUCAAGAGUGUUGCCAGUAUGGACUCACGCUCAGCAUCCCAUCGCUCCACUAGAUUUGCGGCAACUUUCUAUGAUACGGAAACGCUAAAAGUUAUAGAUGAGGAAUGGCAGAGAACCCAGUGCAGCCCUAGAGAGACCUGCGUGGAAGUCGCCAGCGAGCUGGGAAAGACAACCAACACGUUCUUCAAGCCCCCCUGUGUGAACGUGUUCCGGUGUGGAGGCUGCUGCAAUGAGGAGAGUGUGAUGUGUAUGAACACCAGCACCUCCUACAUCUCCAAACAGCUCUUUGAGAUAUCAGUGCCUCUGACAUCAGUGCCUGAGUUAGUGCCUGUUAAAAUUGCCAACCAUACAGGCUGUAAGUGCUUGCCCACGGGCCCCCGCCAUCCCUACUCAAUUAUCAGAAGAUCCAUUCAGAUCCCAGAAGAAGAUCAAUGUCCUCAAUCCAAGAAACUCUGUCCUAUUGACAUGCUAUGGGAUAACACCAAAUGUAAAUGUGUUUUACAAGAUGAGAAUCCACUCCCUGGAACAGAAGACCACUCUUACCUCCAGGAACCAGCUCUCUGUGGACCACACAUGAAGUUUGACGAAGAUCGUUGUGAGUGUGUCUGCAAAACAUCAUGUCCUGGAGAUCUCAUCCAGCACCCAGAAAACUGCAGUUGCUUUGAAUGUAAAGAAAGUCUAGAGAGCUGCUGCCAAAAACACAAGAUUUUUCACCCAGACACAUGCAGCUGUGAGGACAGCUGUCCUUUUCACACCAGAACAUGUGUGAGGAGAAAGCCAGGCUAUGGAAAGCACUCCAGCUUUCCAAAGGGGACAAGGGCCCCGGGGCUCCACAGCCAAGAGCAUCCUUGAUUUCAACUUUCUCCCAAGUUCCCCAUCCCUAUUAUUUUAAAUAGCCUGCUGCUUUGUCAAGCACCUGUCAAUGCCGCCCCCUCCCCCCCACCCAGGUGUUAGAAAAACUGAUUUUACCCAAUGCUGUGGUGAAUCCACAUUCCCAUGCAACAGCUGCUGGGUGAGUCCCUGGUUCACUGACAAAUGACUUCUAGCUUCAGGUGCAUCUGCACACCAGUGCUCAGAAAGGGAGGGGUCUGAGGAGUCCAUUGUUUUGAUGAAUGAGAAAGGGUUGCUUGCCACCGAGUAGCAGGUGCCACGUGAUUGAUUACUCAGACUGGCAAAGUCCGAGUGCGCUGCUUAGGAAU